AGUAAUUGGAGAAGAAAGGCAUGGGAACAACAACAACAACAAAACCGUAUUAAGCAAAGGGUGUAUGGCAAGCUUUCUACAGAGACCACAGCACUUGUUUUCAGAAGCCAAACUGAAUUAAAAGUUUCAAAAGAGACAAACAGUUGUAGGAGACUUCUUCUUAGCUGUUCUCCCGGACAAAAAGAAACUGGUAAAUCAAAGGUGCUUCUCAGUUCCUCACUCUUACUUUACUGACCUUACUGCUGUACAAUAUUUACCUUUUCUUUCAAGGAACAGGACAAAAUGGUUAAGAAAGAAAUCAGUGUGUUCCAACAAACUCAGGCCCUUCUGUACAAGAAUUUUAUGAAAAAAUGGAGAAUGAAAAGAGAGAGCUUAACGGAAUGGACAAUAGCAUUGCUUCUGGGGCUGGUUUUGUGCAUGUUUUCGGCAUUCUUCAGAACAAACCAUUUCCCUGAGCGGCCUCCUCAAGUUCUGGGACGGGUGGAUCAGUUUAACGACUCGGACCUGGUGGUGGCAUAUACCCCUGUCACUAACAUGACGCAGAAGAUAAUGGAUAAGAUGGCUUUGGCUUCUUUUAUGAAAGGAAGGACAGUCAUUGGGACUCCUGAUGAAGAAACCAUGGAUACAGUACUUCUGGAAAGCUACUCUGACAUGGUGGGAAUUGUGUUUAACGACACUUUCUCAUAUAGUCUGAAGUUUAGUGACGUAUCGAGAUUCAUAAUUGUAAAAGAACUCUUUCAAUACUCAGCACACUGUAGGGCUCUGGAAGAUGAACAUUUUUGUGUCGUGACAACAUACUGGCAAAAAGGGUUUGUGGCUUUUCAAACUGCAAUUAAUGCUGCGAUUAUAGAAGUCACAACAAAUCAUUCUGUGAUGGAGGAGCUGACAUCAGUUAUUGGAAUAAAUAUGAGGACACUACAUUUCAUUUCUAAUGAAAGGAGUAUAAAUCAAUGGGUUAUUUUUAUUUGUAUUAUUUCUUUCUCCCCUUUUAUAUACUUUGCAUCAUUAAAUGUUACAAAAGAAAGAAAAAAAUUUAAGAAACUGAUGAUGGUGAUGGGUCUCCGAGAGUCAGCAUUCUGGCUCUCCUGGGGAUUGAUAUAUGCUGGCUUCAUCUUUGUUAUGUCAAUUUUUAUGGCUCUGAUAAUAACAUCUACCCAAGUUGUAAUAAGUACUGGCUUCAUGGUGAUAUUCACACUCUUUAUCCUAUACGGCCUAUCUUUGAUAGCAUUUGCUUUUCUCCUGAGCGUGUUGAUAAAGAAAUCUGUCCUUACCGGUGUGGUGGGGUUUCUCUUCAUUGUAUUCUGGGGAUGUCUGGGAUACACUACCUUGUUUAGGCAACUCCCUUCAUCUUUGGAAUGGGUUUUAGGUCUUUUCAGCCCUUUUGCCUUCACUACUGGAAUGACCCAGAUUAUACACCUGGAAUAUUACUUGAAUGGUGUUAUUUUUCCUGAUCCCUCUGGAGAGUCAUACAUAAUGAUAGUUACUUUCUUCAUUUUGGCACUUGAUACUCUUCUCUAUUUGAUAUUAACAUUAUAUUUUGAGCGAGUUCUGCCUGAUGGAGAUGGCCACAGGCUUUCACCAUUGUUUUUCCUAAAGUCUUCAUUCUGGUCCCAACAUCAAAAUGCUCAUCAUGAAGACUUUGAGAAUGAACUAAAUACCGAGCAUUCCUCGGAUGACUCUUUUGAACCAGUGUCUCCAGAGUUCCACGGAAAAGAAGCCAUAAGAAUCAGAAAUGUUAAAAAAGAACAUAAUGGAAAGCAUGAAAAAAUAGGAGCAUUGCGAGGCAUAUUUCUUGACAUAUAUGAAGGACAAAUCACUGCAAUACUUGGACAUAGUGGAGCUGGCAAAUCAACACUGCUGAACAUUCUUAGUGGGUUGUCUGUUUCCACGGAAGGAUCAGCCACUAUUUAUAAUACCACACUCUCUGAAAUAACUAACAUGGAGGAAGUCAGAAAGAACAUUGGAUUUUGUCCACAACUCAAUAUUCAAUUUGAAUUUCUUACUGUGAGAGACAACCUCAGGCUAUUUGCUAAAAUAAAAGGGAUUCAGCCAAAGGAAGUGGAAAAAGAGGUGAAAAGAGUUAUAAUGGAAUUAGACUUACAAAACAUUCAAGAUGUCAUUGCUAAAAAUUUAAGUGAUGGACAGAAGAGAAAACUAACAUUUGGGAUUGCCAUUUUAGGAGAUCCUCAGGUUUUGCUACUGGAUGAACCAACUGCUGGAUUGGAUCCUUUUUCAAGGCACCAAGUUUGGAACCUCCUGAGGGAGCGUAAAACAAACCACGUGAUCCUUUUUAGUACCCAUUUCAUAGAUGAGGCUGACAUCUUGGCUGAUAGGAAAGUGUUUCUGUCUAAUGGGAAGUUGAAAUGUGCAGGAUCAUCUCUGUUUCUGAAGCGAAAAUGGGGUCUUGGAUAUCAUUUAAGUUUACACAGGAAUGAAAUGUGUAAGCCAGAGAAAGUCACAUCCCUCAUUAGACAGCACAUCCCUGAUGCCAAGUUAAGAGCAGAAACUGAAGAAAAACUUGUGUAUAGUUUGCCCUUGGAAAGAACAAACAGAUUUUCAGAUCUCUACAAUGACCUUGAUAAAUGUUCUAACCAGGGCAUAAUGAAUUAUGAUGUUUCCAUGACAACUCUGAAUGAAGUAUUUUUGAAUCUAGAAGGCAAAUCAGCAGUUGAUGGACCAGAUUUGGGCAUUCAGAAACAGGAGAAAAUUGAUGUGACGAGAGAUACUGGAAUUGAGUCCGAAAUGCAGCAGGCUCUUUGUUCUCUUCCUGGAUUGAAAAUGGUUGUCAGUAAUGGAACUCUCUGGAGACGGCAGGUCUGUGCAAUGGCAAGGCUUCGCUUCUUAAAGUUAAGGCGCGAAAGGAACAUACUUUUGUCCAUGUUACUGAUACUUGGAGUUGCUUGUAUCCCUGCUAUUUGUCACUAUGUAAUGUAUAUGAUAUUUUAUCAAAGUUAUCGUUGGGAGCUUCCAUCCAGUAUGUAUUUCCUUUCUCUGAAACAACUCCCACAAACUCCUCUUAGCAGUCUGUUGAUCAUCAAUAAUACAGGAUCAAAUAUUGAAGACCUUGUAUACUCACUGAAGUGUCAGGAUAUAGCUUUGGAAAUAGAUGACUUUAGAAAUAGAAAUGGCACAGAUGAUCCUUCCUACAAUGGCGCUAUCAUAGUGUCUGGCGACCGGAAGGAUUACAGAUUUUCAGUUGUAUGUAAUACCAAGAGACUGAAUUGUUUUCCUGUUCUUAUGGGAAUUGUUAGCAAUGCUCUUCUUGGACUUUUUAACUGUACAGAGCUUAUUAAGACGGAAAGAAGCUCAUUUCCUUUGAAUGACUGGAUACGACAGAGUGGUUUUUUUGGUGUGCCCUUUCUUCUGUUGUUCAUUUCAAACUGCAUUUCUCCUUACCUCAGCAUGAGCAGCAUCAGCGAUUACAAACAAAAAGUUCAGUCUCAGUUAUGGAUUUCGGGCCUCUGUCCUUCAGCGUACUGGUGCGGGCAGGCUCUGGUGGACAUCCCCUUAUACUCCAUGAUUCUUCUUUCAAUAUAUUUAAUUUACUACUUCUUCUGUUUGGAACUCAGAUUUUCAUUCGUAUGUGUAUUUUCUCUGGUAGUUUGCAUAGUUGGUUGUGCAGCUUCUCUUACAUUCCUCACAUACGUGAUUUCAUUCAUCUUUCGCAAGAGGAGAAAAAAUAAUGGCUUUUGGUCUCUUAGUUUUUUUAUUAUCUUAAUAUUCCUGCACAUCAUCCUGCUAACAACUUUUUAUAGACCCUAUAGUGCAAUUUUAUGUGUGAUUUUAAUACCUUCCUUUACUUCAAUUGGAUUUUUCGUGUUUAUGGUACAGCUGUCCUUUAUGUAUAUGAAUAGCCCCGAAAGUCUGAGUGAUGAAAUAAGUACCUCUGUGAAAAUCAUUUUCUCGAUAAUCUUAAUACCAUACCUUCAGAGUGUUGUUUUCCUUUUUGUUAUAAGAUGUCUGGAAGUAAAGUAUGGGAAAGAAACAAUGAGGAGAGAUCCAGUUUUCAGAAUCUCUCCAAGAAGUAGGGAAAAUCACCCAAAUCCAGAAGAGCCAGAAGAAGAAGAUGAAGAUGUUCAAGUUGAAAGAGUGAAAACAGCAAAUGCACUCACUACUCCAAACUUGGAUGAGAAACCAGUCAUAAUGGCCAGCUGUUUAUACAAAGAAUAUGAAGAGAAAAAGAAGAGUUGCUUUUCAAAAAGAAAGAAGAAAAUAGCCAUUCAUAAUGUUUCCUUCUGUGUUAACAAAGGUGAAGUUUUGGGAUUGCUGGGACACAGUGGAGCUGGUAAAAGUACUUCUAUUAAAAUGAUAACCGGAGACACAGAGCCGACUGCAGGAGUGAUGGUUUUAGGAGACUGCGAAGCAUCCCUGAGGCAACAGGAGGAGGACAUGGUCAAGUUGUUGGGGUACUGUCCUCAGGAGAACGCGCUGUGGCCCAGUCUUACAGUGAGAGAACACCUGGAGAUGUUUGCGGCCGUGAAAGGGCUGGGCAAGGAGGACGCUGCUCUUAGUGUUUCCAGGUUGGUGGAUGCGCUUAAGCUGCAGGACCAGCAGAGGUGUCUGGUGAAGGCCUUACCAGAGGGAAUAAAGAGAAAGCUGUGCUUCGCGCUGAGCAUCCUGGGAAACCCGUCGGUGGUGCUGCUGGACGAGCCGUCCACGGGGAUGGACCCCGAGGGGCAGCAGCAGAUGUGGCAGGCAAUUCAGACCAUUGUUAAAAACACAGGGAGAUGUGCCCUCCUGACCACCCAUUACAUGGCAGAGGCUGAGGCCGUGUGUGACCGCGUGGCCAUCAUGGUGUCCGGAAGGCUGAGGUGUAUCGGUUCCAUUCAACAUCUGAAAAGCAAGUUUGGUAAAGAUUAUUUACUAGAAGUAAAAUUGAAGGAACCCACUCAGGUGAAGCCUCUCCACACAGAGAUUCUGAAGCUUUUUCCACAGGCUGCUCGGCAGGAAAGGUAUUGCUCCAUGAUGGCAUAUAAAUUACCCGUGGCAGAUGUUCACCCUCUAUCUCAGGCCUUUUUCAAAUUAGAAAAAGUGAAACAGACCUUCAACUUGGAAGAAUACAGCCUCUCUCAAGCGACCUUGGAACAGGUGUUCUUAGAACUCUCUAAAGAGCAGGAGAUGGGAAAUUUUGAUGAUGAAGUUGAUACCACACUUAAAGGGAAACUCCUCUCACAGGAAGAGCCUUAAAAUCCUAAACCUCCUAACGUUAGAGUUUUGGUCUUACUACAUUGUUAGUUCCAUAAUUCUAAAAGAAUCUUCUAUAUUACUGCAGUUAACAAAACAAAACAUUCGGUAGUUUCAGCACUCAAUAAUGAUUAAAGUUUUAAAUGUUUUUAAAAAAUUUUUAAUGGAGGAGAGAGGCAAAGAUAGGGAAAGGUUGUAGAUAAAAUUAACAUAAUAACAUAUUAAUCACUAUAAUAUAGGCCUAUUCUGUGCGUAAUAUUUUAAAAAAUCACAUAAUGUUAGACUAAUCUUUUUUUUAUCAGUAAGGCUGAAUGCUGAGCACAUUUUACAAAUAAAAGAUCAUAGGUUUUUUAACCUCAACUUCCACCUUAUCAGCUAUUUUUAAGCUUUAUUUACUGAGGUACCAAUUUAAUGUGACAUUGACUGUAAGAAGAACUAAUAAGUUGAUGAAUAAAAUUACACAGUAUUAUAUAAUACAUACAAUUAGAUAUUCUGAUUAUAAAAUAAACUUGUGGACAUACUGUAGCAUUCUAUGGAUGAAGAUAAUAGCAAUCUGUUAUAAAACACCACAGUAAAUAUUUUGUCCUCCCUAAAUUCAAUGUGCUUUUGAUGAGUACUUUUUCAAAGUUGGUAUCAGUAAGCAUAGUAACUUUCUAUAUAUUUUUGCUUCACAGUUUAUAAACAUAUCCCAUGUCAUCAGUGACACUUCUGGGUUAUAUAACGGCUGCAUUGCAUUCCUUUGAUGUACUGUCAUGGUUUUUACUUAAGCUUUUUACUGUAAUCUGACAUUUUUGUUAUAUGAAAGUUUAUCUCAUAAAUAAACCUAUGUUGAACUUC